UCACUGCAGAAAAAUUGUUGUUGAGAUCAGAGCUCAGACUAGUUUCAGUUAUAAGGAAGAGAAACUCACACAGUCACUGACACUGAGAGGAGAAAUGGCACAGAAAGGAGUUCAGCUGGACCGAGAAACCUUCUCUUGUUCCAUCUGUUUGGAUCUACUGAAGGAUCCGGUGACUACAACCUGUGGACACAGCUACUGCAUGAACUGUAUUAAAAGUUUCUGGGAUGAAGAGGACAGGAAGCGAAUCCACAGCUGCCCUCAGUGCAGGAAGACUUUCACACCGAGGCCUGUCCUGGAGAAAAACAUCAUGUUAGCAGCUUUAGUGGAGCAGCUGAAGAAGACUGGACUCCAAGCUGCUCCAGCUGAUCACUGCUAUGCUGGACCUGAAGAUGUGGCCUGUGAUGUCUGCACUGGGAGGAAGCUGAAAGCCAUCAAGUCCUGUUUAGUCUGUCUGGCCUCUUAUUGUGAGAAACACCUCAAACCUCACUAUGAAUCUCAAACUUUUAAAAAGCAUACGCUGGUUAAAACUUCUGUGAAGCUCCAGGAGAACAUCUGCUCUCGUCAUGAUGAGGUGAUGAAGAUUUUCUGUCGUACUGAUCAGCAGAGUAUCUGUUAUCUCUGCACAAUGGAUGAACAUAAAGGCCAUGAAACAGUCCCAGCUGCAGCAGAAAGGACUGAGAAGCAGAAGGAGCUCGAGGUGAGACGACUAAACAUCCAGCAGAGAAUCCAGGAGCGAGAGAAAGAUGUGAAGCUGCUUCAACAGGAGGUGGAGGCCAUCAAUGGCUCUGCUGAUAAAGCAGUGGAGGACAGUGAGAAGAUGUUCACUGAGCUGAUCCAUCUCAUCCAGAAAAGAAGCUCUGAUGUGAAGCAGCAGGUCAGAUCCCAGCAGGAAACUGAAGUGAGUCGAGUCAAAGAGCUUCAGGAGAAGCUGGAGCAGGAGAUCGCUGAGCUGAAGAGGAAAGACGGCGAGCUGGAGCAGCUCUCACACACAGAGGAUCACAACCAGUUUCUACACAACUACCCCUCACUGUCAGCACUCAGUGAGUCUACACACUCAUCCAGCAUCAAUAUUCGUCCUCUGAGGUACUUUGAGGAUGUGACAGCAGCUGUGUCAGAGACCAGAGAUAAACUACAGGACAUUCUGAGAGAGGAAUGGACAAACAUCUCACUGACAGUCACUGAAGUGGAUGUUUUACUGUCACCACCAGAGCCAAAGACCAGAGCUGGAUUCUUAAAAUAUUCACAUGAAAUCACACUGGAUCCAAACACAGCACACAGACGUCUGUUAUUAUCUGAGGGGAACAGAAAAGUAACAUUUAUGAAACAACAACAGUCUUAUUCUGAUCAUCCAGACAGAUUCACUGGAUGGUAUCAGGUUCUGAGUAGAGAGAGUCUGACUGGACGUUGUUACUGGGAGGUGGAGUGGAGAGGUGGAGCAGUUCGUGUAGCAGUUACAUACAAGGAUAUCAGCAGAGCAGGGAGCGUCGAUGAAUGUGGAUUUGGAUACAAUGACAAAUCUUGGGCAUUAUAUUGUGACACAAACUGUUAUAAAUUCUGGCACAACAAUGUCCACAUUGACCUCUCAGCUCCUCGGUUCUCCAGAGUAGGAGUGUACCUGGAUCACAGAGCAGGUAUUCUGUCUUUCUACAGCGUCUCUGAAACCAUGACUCUCCUCCACAGAGUCCAGACCACAUUCACUCAGCCGCUCUAUGCUGGACUUUAUCUUUGGAAAGAUGGAGCCACUGCAGAGUUGAUUAAAGUCAAAUAGAGAAGACAGGUUCAUGUUGAUCUCUGACCAUUAUAUGUACUUGUGUAGUUUCUAAAUGAGGCUUUACAUUUUAGAAGCUGAGAAGUUCAGUGGUCCAUUGAUGUGUGAAAAUAAUAUUGCACUGAUUCAAACUGUACUUACAUUUAUAUACCUUACAUCAAUAUAAAUCUGAAUUUGUUCUUAUGGCUGAUAAUCAUGUGAGUUUAAAUGAUACUACUCUUCAUAUUCAGCAUGUUUGAAAUCUGUCAUCAGUCUGGUUAGUGGUUUUAUUCUGUAGUUGCUGUAGUGGGUUGUCAAAUGCAACAAUAUAUUGGAGCUGCAGUGAUUCAUCAGUUAGUCAAUGAUUAGAGAAUUGAUUGUUUUAUCAUUAUUUUAGUCACAUUUAAAGCUGGUUCCAGUUUCUGAAAUGUGACGAUUGUUGAUUUUCUUGAUCAUAUAUGAUCGUAAACUUAAUGUCUUUGAGGUUUGAGCGUUUAAAAUGUAACAAAAAUUAAAUACUUAAUGUUUGACAUUUAAUGUCAUUUUUCAGAUGUAAGUUUGAUCACACUUGAUCAUUUAUACAUUUAAAUACAGACACUAAAUGUUUCAGGCCUGUAUAUUGUGGAGGAUAGACAUAUUUCAUUGCCCUGAGCUGUGUCUGGCAGGCAGAGCGUCUCCACAAACCUGAUGCUUCUGAUUUGGAGAAAAUGAGCUGAGGGAGACAGAAAUCAGCAGAGUUAUACACAAGUGGUGAUGUUGAAUGAUUGGCAAAUAAAUGUCUGUUUUAAUAAUGGACAAAACUGGUUGAAAUCGUUGCUCCAAAGCUUCUUUAGAAACUUGGCUUCAAAGAGGAAAACUGUUUUUUUGUUUGUUUGUCCAAGAGGAAGCCAUGAUCUACAGGAAAACAUAAAAACAUGUUUUUUUCCACGUGCAAAAGUUCAGGGUCAGGUGAAAUUAAUGGCCGAUUCAUUUUUGUUGAAUGCAAGCAUUAAAUAAACUAUUUAAUUUGUAAUUAAAGUGAAAGCAAAGUGUUUCAUAGGUAUUUGUACUGUUGAUAAAAUGCUUAUGAGAGCAGAGAAGGUUUGGGAAAAAGAGAUUAGAAACUCCUUUGACUCGGCCUUUUGUGAAUCGAUUAGAAGUUUUCACUGUUCACUAAUCAGCCAAGUCAGUCACACCACUUUAAAGUGAGAUCGUCUGUUGGGUUGUGACGUUGUCUCAUUCAAAAUGAAAUUGUGAGGUGACAGCAGGUUUAAACACUUCCUGUGUUCAUCUCAGAGGAAGUCCCACACAGUACCAAGAGCUUUGUAAUCAGAAACAACUUCACAUUCAACUAACGAACCACUAAGAGCAUCGUGGUGCAUAUAUGGAAGAAGGUGAUGUGUUUGUACCUUUUGGUUUUUGUGUUCCUGUUUCUAGAAUGAAAGUUUGCUGGUAUUUGCUGAUAUACGCAGGGUGUUACAAUAUUCUGCACACGAUGAAGAGAUUUUAGGAGAAUACAAAAAGCUGCCAUUACUUAGUUUUUACUGAGUUUAUUUAAACCAACUAGUGAAGACCAACGAAUUUCAGUCAGUUUGUGUUGUUUGUAUUGACUGAGGUUUGUGUAGCUGUUGUGACAUUGAUGUCUUGGAAGGAAACUACUUAGUUUUUGUGGUCUGGAGUUUAUGGGGAAUAUUUCCUGUAGACUGUCUUCUUGGAGAUGACUUAAUAUGUCCUGUAACUUAUUAAAAUGGAACCAGUUUCAGCACCAA